UCGCGCGCCUCCACUUUGCCGCUGUGUUUCCAAAAUGGCCGAUCAGAAGAGAGUUAGAACGCUCCCCGACGGCAGGUCGAUUGAGCAACUUCGAGUUGUUGAUCUGAAGCAAGAACUGAAGAAGUAUGGCGUUUCGCAAAUUGGUAGCAAGAGUCAGCUCGCGGAACGUCUUAAAGCGCAAAUUUACCUUGAGGAGUUGAAGCAAGCCCCUGUUCAUGAUGGAUUCCCCAAUCAGGAUAUUGUUGAGGAUGAGUCUGUUGCAUCUAAUUCAUUCAUUCAGCAGUAUCUUAAGCAACAACAGGAGCAACUGAAGCAGAGACAUGAGAGAGAACGAAUUGUGGAAGCACCGCCAGAAGCUGAAAAGAGUGAAGACAUACCUGAAGGGCUAGCAAAUCAGGUUGAUGAGCUGAACCAGUCUUUGAGCCGUAGCCAGUCCGAAGAAGCUGACAAAGAACCAGAUGAGACAAGGAAUGGGGAAGGCGUAGUGGAUGAAAGGGCUGAAACUGCCCAAGAGGAACACACCACCUCCAGCAGAUCUUCCAGAAGAUCAAGGAGACAGAGUGCAAAGCAGGAAGAAGAGGCGGAGGUAGAGCCAGACACCAGGAGCACUAGGAGGAGGACCAGCUCCAGAGUUAAAGAACAGGAGGAGCCAGAGGAGAUGCAGACACCACCUCAGGAAGUAGAGCAGAUGCAGACUAUCAAUGAAGUUGGGAAAAGAUCUGAAUCUGAGGCGAUGCAAGAUGAGGCAACAAAGGUUGUUGAACCAUCUGCACCAGAAGAGGAGAUGGAUGUAGCCGAAGCUGCUCCAACUGAAGAUGCUGGAAAUGAAGCUACAACACAGAAAGUAGAAAUUGAGGAAGCAACAGAGAGUAGGGCUCAGGUUGAACAGACAGAUGAUGCCCAAAGAGAUGGGAGUGUCCCAGAGUCUGCACCAUCUGAACAGACUGAAGAGAGAGAGGAACAAUCCAAAGUCAUAGAAGACCCAGUUCCUACAGAGCCAGAGAGAGUAGAGCAAACCAGAUCAGCAGAAAAACCUUCUGGACAGGUUGCAGCAGAUGAUGCAAGUGAAGACAAAGUCACCAUCCAAGAACAAGUUGCACCAGAAAAAGAGGCAAGUAAUGUAGAAAUUGGGGAUGCUUCUGAGAGCAAGGAAGAACAGCUAAGAGAAAUUAAGCAGGUCUCCACUCAAAAGAGAGUGAAGCUCAACAGGUCUACUAACCUCAGUCGUGGUUUGGGAUCCAAGACAGUAGAUGAAGAGACGAGACCUGAGAAAGUUCAGGUCGUUGAACCAGAGGUAUCUGAAAAAGGAGAUGUUCAGACGAACCUGGAUGAAGAUAAAGAUACCAGCUCAGCUCAGGAAGUGGUUGAGAAGUCUCCCAGAAAGCGGAUAACGCCUCCCGAUGAUGAAGAUGAUCAGGGUCAACCUGAUACCACCUCAAAACGUAGGAAGACAGAAUCAGAUGGUGAGGAUACAGACAAGGGACCAGAAGAAAGUUCUCAACCAGUUACCAGUUCAAGGGAAGACGGAGUGACUGCCUCUGAAGGGAAACCGGUUGCCAUGACGAUGGGUACUGACGAGGGAAAGGAUGAUGCUGCCUCCGCCGAGACUCCAGAGACGAACGAGACAGAGGAUGGAGAGAUCAAAGAGGAAGGAGAGGUGAAGGAAGAGGAAGAACAAAUGGAAACAGAGCAAGGAGUAGAAAGUAACAAGGAGAAAGAGAUUGAACCAUCUCCUCAAAAGGUUGAACAGAGAUCCCGUUCCAGGUCGUUCAGUAACGUGUCUUCAGCUCCCGUCAAAACUAAGAGACUUUCCUUUUCGUCCAAGGACAAAGCCAAGGAGACCACAGGAGAGGAAGACAAACCAGAAGGCGCAGUCAACGCUCCUCAGGUUAAGAAGAGACGCUGGGGAUCAACCAAGAAGACCACUGCAGAUGUAGCCAAGAAGACCAAUGUCAAUAUCAGUACACAGCUUCUCAAGGAUAUCAUUCCGGAGAUCAAGGUUCCAGCUUCUGAGUUGGAACUGGACCUAGAACCAGAGGAAGGAGAAGAAUCCAUGGAGGUCGGUGAGGUAGGAGAGACUAAGAAAGAUGAAGAGAAAGCAGAACCCAUGGAAGAUGAAGAGGCCUCUCAAGAACCACCCAGGAGGAAGUUUAUAAGGCAAACCAUCACUGCACCAGGUGCUCAACAAGAGGAAGAGAGCGACAUCGACUACGAGGAGGAUGAGGAGGAUGACGUGGUAACAAGGAAGGUUCAACAAAGAGAUGAGGAUGAAGAGGGAGAAGAGAAAGAAGAGAAAGGAAGCGGAGAUGAGGAGAGUGAUAGUAGCAGUGAGGAGGAGGACGAUGACAAGGAAGGGUCGGAAGAUGAUGGAGAGAAGGAAGGAGAGGAUGGUGAUAAAGAAGAGAGGAAGAAGAAAAAGAAGAAAAUUGAAACACCCAAGGAUGAAGGAAAGGAAAAUAAACAACCAGAAGUUAAAGUCACAGCGAAAAAGGUUAUCCAGAUCAAGAGAGCCGUGCGUACGAUGAUCGACGAACCAAUCCGGAAUUCAGAACGCGACCCCAGCCCCUCGAAACGAGAGCUGAGUAACAUCAUCCAUGUCAACAACCUGACGCGACCUUUCACCUUACCUCAACUCAAGGAGCUGCUUGGCCGAUAUGGGACGCUGUCUGCAGAUGGCUUCUGGAUUAACAAUAUCAAAUCACACUGCUUUGUAACUUAUGAGAGCUCCGAUGAAGCCACGGCUUGCCGCAGAGCCCUUCAUGGUACCACAUGGCCUAGCAGUAACCCAAAGAAAUUACGUGUAGAUUUCUCAGAUAUUAACGAGCUAAAUAGACACAUGGGUGUGGUUGUCAAGAAGGAGCCAGUCAAGGCAGAGCCUGCCAGGGAACCGGAACGGAGCACCGCAGCCCGCAGGGAGCGUAUCCUCCACCAGGACAGGGAGAGGGACCUGGAGCAGGAGAGACGGACAAAGGAGCGUGAGAGGGAGAGGGAGCGCGCCCGUAAGGAGAGGGAAUGGGACCGGGGCAAGGAAAGGAGCCAGUCUCCUCCUGAGAGGAGAAGACGUACCAGGUCACAGGAGAGGAGAGACAGACAUGAAGAAGUGAAGAAAGAAGAGAAAGAAGUCGAUGAACCUCCUGCCAAAUUGUUGGAUGAUUUAUUCCGAAAGACCAAAGCUACCCCAUGUAUAUACUGGUUACCUCUGACAGAAGAACAGGCUUUAGAGCGUGAGAAAACAAAGGCCAAGCUGGCUGUGCAGAGAGAAGCACGCAGGAUGACACAGGACGACCGAUUGAAGGAUGUAAGAGAUAAAAGCCGGGACGAUCGGAUGAGACGAGAUAGAGAGCGCCCCCGGCCCAGGGAAAGAUCAUUGAGUAGGGGGAGGAGAAGCAGGAGUCGUAGCCGUGGGAGGAGACGAUAGAUAUAACUUGUUGUUCAUGUAGUAUGGUUGAAAUUUGGUAAACAAGCUCCUUGUGCCAUAAUUCUUGUUUGGAUUGCUCCAACAAACCUCAGCAAAAUUAUCACACUUUUAAAUAAUGUUGAGAAGUGCUCCACUCACGCUAAUACAUAUGGUAAGCUUCAAGCAUACAAAAUUGUCAAUUUACAGUACAUAGACAAACAGCAUUCACAACUUGUAUGAUGCACAGAAAUUUCAACUUAUGGCAUUCCAUAAAAAAUAACCUUUUUAUGCACCCAAAUCCCAGUUUCCCCCAUUCUUACUUCCUAAACUGCUCAAUUUAUGAUAAUUUGAGCACAUUACAUAAUUUCAUUAGAACUGUAAAUAAGAGACACAUAAUUUAAGGAAGAUCUCACAUAUGGGGGAUCAGACUUACAUAUUAUGGAUUGCCCUUGUGCAGACUAUAAGUUACGUUUCAGUUAUAACUCGUAGUUUUCUGUAUGAGAAGGAAAUCUUAACCAUUCUACAAGUUUUGCAUUGUCGCAAAAAAGACUUUUCAUAGGGUAGUAAUAAAAAAAAAUCAGAUUUGAGGUUAUCAAUCUGAUUAAUUCUUCAAGGAAAUCAUGUUUUAAUGAAGCAAAAAUGAGUACAUGCCAUUUGAUACACAAUAUUAAGGCAUGCUCAAAUUUUACAACUUGUACUUAUUAAUUUUGUCUUGUCUUCAUUCUUGUGUUUGCCCUUGAAAUGAGAGUUAUAAAAUUUGGAGCAUGUCUUUAUUCUGCUCCUUUUUAAAAAUAGGUAUAUUACUAUAUUUCCAGUAAUGUAUGAAUUAUCUCGAUACAGAGAAAUUAUAUGUAGAGAUUAAGAAUGAAAUAAGACAUACAGUAUCUCAUAAGCAGUACAACCGUUCUCAGAAUCCUGGGGACUGUUUCAUAAAGCUGUUUGUAAGUUAAGGUUGACUUUAAGAAUGACUAAUAAUCCUUGUGGUAUGUGAUAUUUACCAUUAAAUGUUAAUUGGUGAUUAGAGCAUAAGAAAGGUUCACCAGUCGUAGUCGCUGUUAACUUAUGGACAGUUUUAUGAAACACCCACAAGGCUGUGUAAUAUAAGGCUAAGUGAUUGAACUAGGGGUUGAUUUCUUUGAUUGUUACUUGUUUUUUAUCAAUCAUAAAAAUCAGUCAUACAACCAUCGCUAAGCUUUCUGUUUCAGGGUCCUGAAGUGUUUCACAUGCAAUUGUGAUGAUAAUGGGAUGUUCUUAUGUGGCAUUCAUUCUGUUGUGCUGUAAAAAAUUAGGAGAAAAGUUAAACUGUCAGCUAGAAAUGUCUUGAUGUUUGAGAUAUACAUGUUAUAUAUGUCUCUGCCAAGUAUUAUGUAUGGUGCUGGUUACCUAUUUUUACAUAAGAGCGGUAUCUUCUCUCUCAUGCCCUUCAUAUGAAUGGUAUCCCCCUCUCAUGCCCUUUAAAAUUUUGUGAUUGUAGUCCUACACACCGAAAUGGAGACUGAAAUCACAUAGCGAUUUCUUCAUAGGGAAUGGUUUGUUUUUCUUUUUGCCUAGUUGCAUAUUUUUGGUUUGUUUUCUGAAUUCGUCCUAGAAGUCGUCUUUCACUCUGUUACUAAUAGUAAUGGGGUGUUGCAAGAAACUUGCGAUCAAUUGCAAGUCUAUUUUUGGUCCCUAAAUCAAUCAUAUGUCUUGCAGUUAAUUGCAAAUUUGUGAUUGAUUGCUCAUCUGCUCUUGAAAUAAGAAGUAUAAUCUGAUUUGCUAUAACUAACAUUGACCUAAUCAGUUGUGAAAUUGCAACAGAGUAUUUGCAAUUGAUCGCAAAUAUGUUCUUGCAACACCCCCUAAGGGGGAGAACACAUGAAAAUAUUUUCUUUUCAUUGUAAUUGGAAAUCCAUUGUAUUUCCUGUAUUGAAGUACACCAUUUCCACCAGCUGUCUGAAUGUAAUAAUACAAACAGCCUUGGGGGCAA